UGCACAGAAGAAGCAGAUCCUUAUCAAGUCGUAUUUAGAGUAACUCUGGUCUGAAUGCGUAAAAUGUAAUGUACGUAUUCGUACCUUCAUACAUCGCUCCCCGUUUAGGAAAACACGCGCUGAAGGUAGUGGAAAUACGGGUCGCUAUUUCACUGGGCUUCUUCUCAUCAACUGAGCUGACCUGGCAGUUUCGUAUGGAGCCCGUGGUCGAAUGACAACAGCGGGGUGAGGAUGGAGCCAGCAGCGAACGGUGCUGCGCUCAAGGUCAGUGCUGAGGGCGCAGCGUCGCACGCGACUGACGUCGUCAAUGGCAGCGUCACGCCGGGAUACCGGCCCGUCAAGUUUACGCCUACGGCGCAAUUGGUGCACAGUCCGAUGCAGGCACAACCAGAGACCACUCUACCCUCGCCCACGGCUGCGCUCAAGUCGUGCUGGAAUCCCAUUGUGAGCCAGCUCAAGGAGCAGCAUUCACCCAGGGCCGAGACCCCGCUGAGCACCCCAGGCACGCCUCCAACUGUGUAUCCCCCACCUGCAUAUCCUAACAGGAGCCCCUCGGGCCUGCCCCCAUCUCAGAGCCCCACGGUCACCCUGCUGCAGAAGGCUCGAGAGGGCCAGAUUCCCAAGGGAGCCCUUUACAUUGAUGAUCAACGCAACUAUUAUGCGAAUCUUGCGCAACCCGGCACACAGCCACUGGAGCCUUACGUGUAUGACCAGCGGGUGACAGUGGACGGUGACAAGGUGCAUACGGACACCUACUAUGCCAUGCCUACAGUGAAGGAGGUGCAGUCGGGCCACCGCACCACCAUCCCUGCCCCACCGAAGUACGAAGGCAUUGGGCCCACCAUAAAUGGCAUCCCUGUAGGAUUGCGCACCGAGAGGAGGUACCAGAAUGUCAAGGACGAGUAUGCCAGUGAUUGGUACAAAACCAUGUUUAAACGGCUGCACAAGCAUGGAAGUGGUGACUACCAAACUGUCGACUACAGGAGGAGAGGUAACCAGCACAGUGAUGGGUACAUGUCUGAGCCAGAUUUCACGAGAAAUGAUGACCGGCCCAUGUUUGGUGGAAAGGGAGCCAAGAGGGCCAUGAACAGGAGUUAUGCGAAUAGCCUCUCCACAUUACCUGGGUCUUACAAGAUUCAGCCACGCAGUAUAGAGGAGUAUGAACCUGGUCAUUCAUCGAUUGCGGAGAGGGAGGCAGCUUUUACAUCUCGGUACUUGCCUCCUCUGGAUACCCCCAAGCCAAAGUACACUCUGAGUGAUGGCUAUGAGUCGGACUCCACACUGAUCCGCAAAACUGGCAGCCGGAUGAACCACCUGGACUCUCGUCAGCAGCGGGAGUGGUAUAAGGCAGUACAGCGAGGCGAAGACAUACCACUUGAAGGUCUGGGAAAACCAGCACCCCAGAAGCCACCAGAGCCCGUCAUUGGACCAUACCCUCCUCCGGACAAUUCUGACCUCGACGAAUACGAAGCUCAGCUUCACCGCUACCUGGAGUCUCAAGUAAACAUUCACUACCAGACGCCUGUGUGCACAGAGGAGAAGGAGUACAUUGAUGAAGAAGAGCUUCGUCGAAGGCAAGAAGCUGCUAUGCGAAAGUUUUAUGAGGAUGAGUUCCAUAAGAAGCAGCAGCGUCGGUCAGCAGAGCUGGAAAUGAGGCGCCACAAUGACAACCUGUUGCCUUCACAAAAGUCUCCAAUCCCACUUGACCGGUACGAAAACUCUUUCGAGCCGACUGUGAGUCGAACAUACCGACCUACCGAGCCGAAAACCCUGGCGAAGGUGUUAUACAACUUUUUUGCCCAGUCUCCUAAGGAGAUCAACCUGCGCAAGGGUGACCUCGUCUUCAUCCGGCGCAAAGUAGAUGCCAACUGGUACGAGGGAGAGCACCACGGCCUGGUUGGAAUCUUCCCUGUCAGCUACGUAGAGGUGAUCCCCAAUGAAAGUGCGCACUUGCAGCCAAAGCGUGCUUUGGAAGGCCUGGCUCGUGCCAAGUUCAAUUUCUCGGCCCAAACACCCGCUGAGCUGUCUCUCUUCAGGGGAGAAACAGUGGUGCUGGUGCGGCGAGUGGACUCCAACUGGUUUGAGGGCCGCAUGGGCACCAAGCGUGGUAUCUGUCCUGCUGCAUACCUUGAGGUCAUAUCGGAGCCCCAAGAGAUAGUGUCAACGACUGUGUCACCCAAGCCAUCUUCAAGUCCUGUGUACGGCCCCAUUGUGAGUGAUGGCCGGCCCGACAGGAAUCCAGCCAGAUACAGCCCACAGAGUCUUCACAAGGAAAGCCCCUUGAUGACCUCGAGUGUGUUACACGUGGACAGCUGCGAGCCUAUAUCCAGGUACCGUGUGCUGUACAGCUACAGGCCGCAGCACGAGGAUGAGCUGGAGCUUCAGGAGGGUGACACGGUGCUGGUAAUGGAGAAGUGUGACGAUGGCUGGUACCUGGGCAGCUCUCUGCGCACUGGCCGCUUCGGCACCUUUCCAGGCAACUACGUCGAAAGGAUAUAAGGUGUCUAUCUCUGAUGUCACCAUGUGGAGAGGCAUGGAGCAGUCUUUACUGGUCUUUCAACCAAUGGACUGUGCACCUCCAGCUGAUGUGUUCUUUCGUGGUUAUUAUCCCUUUUUUUACCUCGAAAUAGUCCGCGUAUUUGCAAUGGCCCUUGAGGGUGUCUUGAUUGCCAUCCCGUUGGUGUCAAACAUCUUCGAGGUGACAUCUUCAUAGACAUACAUUGAGUGCCUCUUGUAACUAAUUCUUUAAUCGACCGUGGUCACUUUAGCCUAAGAUUUGGAAAAAGUAAUUAUGAGUGCAUUUUCGACUAGGUGAGAAACUCUAGUAUAGCGUAGUUUUGCAAAUAGGCUGUACUUGAAUAGUUAAGAUAUGUUUUUUUAUAGUUAUUUGCAGAUGCUGUUCUUUUAGAGCAUUUAUGUCUUGUUGAUGUUUAAGUUUUGUUUUAAUUGUUGCUUCUGAGCACUUGUAUCCGUCACAGACAGCUUUAAAGUAAGAAGUGGCACACGACAGUUAUCGUUCAGGUGAUUUUAGUCCAUGUCACACAAAAGGCCUCUCAUUCUUAUUGAGCCUCCACUGACAUAAACGUAGGGGUUCCAUCUCAUUAUGACAGAGCAAAGAUUGUACUGACCAGCAGUGGCAUUCUGCAGGUUUGCCAAUCAUUGGCCAAGCUUCAGUGCGUAAUUGUGUAAAACAUUGCACAUUUGUGCCUUUUGCCUGUGCACUUUGUGCUAUCUAUUGCUUCUACCUUGGAACCAUUGUGAGGUGUUGAUAGUUUGCUUGUGUUAAAGCAUAGGUAAACGUACCUUAUUUCAUACCAGUUUUUAGUAAAGUGCAAAAAAGCAGCAUUUUUAAAUUAAUCUUAAUGGAUUCUUUGCAAUGCCUUUAUACCAUAGUAGGCAUUGGGUUUUCUAUUCAAAAUAGGCACUUGGAGACCUCAGCCUCAUCACUGCAAUGGCUCCUCUUUUCCUUUUAUUGUUAUUAUUAUUACUACCAAAUUUCUUAAAAAGGAAGCUCUAAGCAUGAUGACUGAGUCCUGUCAGAAAUUUCUGAUUUGCAGGUCACAAACUUUCAAAUACCUUUAGCUAUUUUGUACGCCUUGACAAGUAUGAAUGCUUUUCCCCAAAAAAAAGCGAGUACUUGUACCUUGGCACCCUCCUGCAACAUUCUGAUGGCGGCAUGUAUGACGGAGAUGAGGCAUGGUUGCAGUGUUACAUUUGAAUUUGUUUGAAACUGACAUUACAUGUGUUGCAACUUCACUCUGGUCCACGGCAUCAUUGUCAGUCACACUUGCUACACAGUGAUGAAUUAAUGGUGACAUACAGGAUGCUCGCAUUUCUUUAUAUGUUUAAUUAUCACCUAAAUGGGACAACAUCUUCAGCUAGUGCAAAAGCGGUGAAGUACAUAAUCACGAUAAUAAAAGAACUUGCGAAUCUUUUCCAAAAAAAAAAAAAAAAUGCCACAAAAGUUUUUUGAUAAAAUUUCAAGAGACACUUUAUGAGGUGUGUGAAAUUGGCAACAGUAAGUAGCCUUCAUACAGUUCAGCCUUGCUUCAGCUGUGAUGAAAUCCCAGCCACGGCAAUCGCGUUUUGGUGGAAGUACUAGAGGCUUAUUGUCUGUGCAAUGUUGGUGCUUAUUAAAGAACAUCAAAUGGUUGCAAUUUCUGGAGCCCUCCACUAUGCCGUCUCUCAUCAUCAUAUUGUGGUUAUCAGAUAUAAGACCUUAGAUAUUAUUAUUAUUAUUAUUAUUAUUAUUAUUAUUAUUAUUAUUAUUAUUAUUAUUAUUAUUAUUAUUAUUAUUAUUACUGCAUUGGCUGUGAUGUUUUGUCACUACUUUUGUAGCAUUUGCAUGUGAAGUUUGUUGAGUGCUCUUGUUAUUGUAUGCAUGCAGAGGAGCUUUUUACCACUAUUGUAGUUUUAUUCUUUUGUUAUUCAAUAAUCAUGUCUGCAUCAGGCACAACUCUUUUUUUUUUUUUAAUCCUUUGCACAAAUGUACCAUGUCACAUCUUCUGUAUUAUGUACCCUCAGGCACACUGUCCAAUUCCUCUGUUACAAAUUAUUUGUGUUUUUAUUCUUUCUUUGAAGAAAAUAACGUUGUGAUACUUCACAGUAGUGGCCAUUGGAAGAUGUGCAAGGCAGCUUUUGCAACACCUUUUUCGGGGCUUCACAUCAAUGCCGAGCACUUUGAGCCGAAGAUGUUUGUUUCUGGCUGCUGCCCUUCUGUAUCGGUAAAGCACCAUACAGAAACACAACAUUGAGUUUGUAUGAGGUAGCUUUCAACAGUACUUUGUCUCAGCCAAAGAUAACCACUUUGUUAUUCUUGUGAGCAGUCAAGCAUCCAGCAAACGGUUGUGUUCUCAUAUGCCUUCCAAGCUGUGCCUGUAGUUUAACCAUGUACAGCUUUGUACAGCUGUUCUGCACAAUACUUUGUGAAGACUUGAAUGUAUGAGGGUUAAUAUGCACAUGCAUAUACAUAUCAUGUGCAUUUGUCUUAUUAUUUAUGCACAAA